CUGAAGAUUCUAACUAUGGCAAUACAUUUAUGCACAGCUAUGUCUAUUAUGCUCUUUAUUGAGCGGGUUUACAUGGCAAUUGUAAUCACAUGUGCGAAGUGCUUUGAGAAGAAGAGAUAUAUGAAACAUAAGUCCGAUGCAAUGAAAGAAGACCUAGAGCAAAACAGAAACUAUCCCAUGGUGCUGGUCCAAAUCCCUAUGUAUAAUGAAAAGGAGGUUUACAAGCUUUCUAUUGGAGCUGUAUGUGGGCUUUCAUGGCCAGCAGAUAGGCUCAUUGUGCAAGUUCUUGAUGACUCCACAACUAGAUUCAUAAGGAGAUUAGUGGUCAACGAAUGUGAAAAAUGGAAAGGAAAAGGGGUAAAUGUGAAAUAUGAGACAAGGAAUAACAGGAAUGGCUACAAGGCAGGUGCACUUCAUGAAGGUCUAAAUAAGAAUUACGUCAAAGAUUGUGAAUUUGUUGCCAUCUUUGACGCCGACUUCCAGCCUGAUGCAGACUUUCUUUUGAGGACCAUCCCUUAUCUUCUCGAAAACCCGGAAUUGGGUUUGGUUCAAGCCAAAUGGAAAUUUGUAAAUGCAGAUGAAUGUAUGAUGACUCGCCUACAAGAGAUGUCAUUAGACUAUCAUUUCAGUGUAGAGCAAGAAGUGGGUUCAUCAACAUGCUCAUUUUUUGGGUUCAAUGGGAGUGCUGGAGUUUGGAGGAUUCAAGCAUUGAAUGAUGCUGGAGGUUGGAAAGAUCGAACCACAAUGGAAGACAUGGAUCUUGCAAUCAGAGCUAACCUCAAGGGUUGGAAGUUUCUUUAUGUUGGUGACUUAGAAGUGCAAAAUGAACUUCCUAGCACCUUCAAGGCUUACAGGAUUCAGCAAAAACGGUGGUCAUGUGGCCCAGCUAACCUCUUCAGUAAGAUGUUCAAAGAAAUCCUCCGUUCUGAGCAUGCUUCUCUCUACAAGAAAUUUCAAGUGAUCUAUGUAUUCUUUGUGAGAAAGAUUAUCGCACAUUGGGUCACCCUUUUCUUUUACUGCCUUGUGAUCCCUGUCAUAGUCGUACAUCCUGAAAUACAUCUUGUGAAACCCUUGGCACUAUAUCUUCCUGCUACAGUUACUAUUCUUAAUGCUGCUUGUAGAUGGAGGUCUAUCCAUCUUAUACUACCUUGGAUACUCUUUAACAACGCCAUGUGUCUCCAUCGAGCUAACGCUGUACUAAUAGGACUCUUAGGAGGCAGUGGUGUUAAUGAGUGGGUCGUAACAGAGAAGCUAGGAUAUGCAUUGAAUCGUCUCAGAAUACCAAGGACACAAGAGUGGCAGUUUAUGAUAGACAGGAUCCACCUGCCCGAGUUUUUGAUGGGACUGAAUCUUAUGCAUACUGCUGUCCAUGACCUGAUGUACGGUAACCAGCACUUCUACGCAUUCCUAUUCAUGCAAGGAGCAGCCUUUAUCACAGUCGGAGUCAGCAAUGUUGGAAUAUUCAUCCCCAACUAGAUAUUCAGGCUACCAGACACUAUGGGGCAGUAAGAAGACAGAUGAUAAUGCUAAGCUGUUGAACACUACCAGUCUGGAAGUAAUAAGCAAUGUUGCGAUAUAGAACCAACAAUGGGGCGAAUAAAGGUCACAUAUAUAUAAUAUAUAACUUUAUAUAAGUGUUGUCUGUCAGUCAGUGUGUAACUUUUAAGCCUUGUAAGUUCUCCUUUCAAUGUAAUAUACCGUAUUUCCUGUGGUUGUAAUAAAUAAACUAUGAA